AUGGACGAGCUGGGAAUUGGUGGUUUGGAUCAGAUCUCAGAAUUGCCCGACCACCUUCUCCAUCAUAUCCUGUCUUUCAUGCCCACAAAAGAUGUCGUGCAAACCAAGUUGUUGUCACGAACAUGGCGCCGCGUAUGUUCUUCCUACCCUAAUUUCGAAUUCAACCUACAUAAUUAUUCUCAACGAUUAGAACAAAGAGGGAGGUACACCAAGUCCUUCGACAAUACCAUGCAAAGGUUUCAUAGGGACGAGACGGGCAUGCAAAAGUUAACUAUUUUUGCAAGUAUACAAGGUGCUCCUGAGCUUGUUCCUGUGGUUGACAGAUGGAUAGAAAUUUCUUUAGAAAAGCAGGUUCAAGAACUAGAUAUUCGGAUUUAUAAGUAUGAUUUGCCUCCAGCAAUUUUUGCUUCCAAAUCACUCCACACCUUGUGUCUGAUGGGAAUCACGAUGCCGCCUAUAUUUACAACUAAUACAAGGUUUUUUUCUUUGCGAAAGCUUUCCAUUUGCGGUGUAAGUUUGAAAGAACAGAUCUUACAAGAUCUAAUUUUUAAAUUUCCUUUUAUUGAGAAUCUCGCCCUCCUAGGCGGCAUCAACCCGAUACUGGUAAAGAAAAUUAGGGUUUCUGGUCUUUGUAAUUUGAAGGAGCUUACAAUUUUUGGAUGGCGAGUACUGGAGGAAGUUGAUAUCGACGCACCAAGUCUUAAAUUUUUUCACUACGGCGGUUAUAUUUUGCAGCAGAAUAAUAUUAAGAUCAAAAUGGGUGCUACAAACAAUGUAGAAACUUUAUCAAUAACAUAUGAUACCACCAUGACAGAACAACAGUUCUAUGACUUGAUAUCGAAGUUUCCCCUUCUCAAGUGCUUGCAUGUUUGCAUGUGGAACGAUGUCUAA